AUGGGUCAAGAUCGUACAAGAGCCCCUCAGCGCUCAGAAAAUGCGAGUCAAGCACCGCAAAGUGGUUCAUCAGUUAUCAAGAAGAAAGUCGUGCGACGUAACCCAGAGAAGAGACGCAUGCAGAACCGCUUAGCCCAGCAGAAUUACAGGGAAAAGCAGAGAAAGCGCAUACAAGAGCUAGAGCGCCGUGCUGCAGGACAUGACAUCGAGGUACAAGGGGAGGGUGGCAGGGCUCUUGAGAAGACACAACUAGUAGGAGACCUUGUACCAAGGCCCGAUAGAGGUAGUCUUCCAGAUAUAGAGACUGUCAACCCUUCAGAUCUCUACAACGACCCUGAGACAGCGUCACACCAAUCAACCACACAUGCAGAGACAUGGGACUCGGAUGUCUUUUACGAGGACUUUGACAAGUGGCUCAUGGUAAAUCCUAUUUGCGAUGAACACACAACACCGGCAUUGUUCUUCAACUGCGGCUGUCCCACUCUUCAUGUCCCCAACACGUCGACAGAAGUCCUGCUCCCCAUCAUCCCUAACCCAUACAAGAACAACCUCCAAAUCAACAUCAUCUGCAUAAUCUCAGCUAUGCUAGAGAACUGUCUGUGCCUCGGGAUAACGCGUUCCAUGUACUGCGCUGAAGAGGCUACGUCUCCUUUCUAUCGGGCUGAUGUCGACUCAGACCCCAGUGCGCAAGCUAUCGUUACGUCUGUUCAGCGCGGGUCUCGUGGACUACAUUUUGAUCUUCGUCCCACUCAGACACAGAUCGUUGUCAAACAUCAUCCGUUCAUUGACGUAAUCCCGUUCAAAGAUAUCCGGGAUAACAUCAUCAAGUACAUGAAACCUGCAGAUGAGGAUGAGUUCUUUCAUGACUCGUUGAACCACUUGACAUGCUGGGGAGGUGUCAAUGGUGCACAUACUGGAACACCCUGGGAUGCGAGAAGCUGGGAGGCGACAGAGGAAUUCCUGCAGAAGUGGUCAGAUAUUGUAGGAGGCGAAGAAGGUGAGCUGGCGAGGAAUUCGCAGUGGUGGAGAUCAUUUCGUGGUGAACGAACGGUGACAGAGAUAAUGUGA